AUGGCGGACAAAUCUCUCAAAUCCACCUGUCAUUGUGGCGCGAUCACAGUGAUCUUGCCUCAUGCACCAAAGGAAAUCAACGAGUGUCAAUGCACGAUCUGUCGACGCUACUCAGCCGCUUGGGCAUACUACAAAGUGAACGAAGUCAAAUUUGACAUGAAAGAAGGCGCCAAAGUCUCCAAAUACUGCUGGUGGCCGUUUGAAGAAGUUAAUGAGGACGGGACUGCGGCUCAAUUUGGCGUUAACACGAGAAAUGUGGAUCCCAUGGAAAUCUUACACGUUGACCGUAAGAUUGAAAGAUCAUGGGUGUUCGAGCCAAUCAACAAUAAGGCCAACGCGCAUAGGGAUGACCAGGCCAAGUACUGA